UAAUGUCAAUCUCACUUGAUGUGCCAGUGCCGCUUUUGAGUGGGGCUUCUUGGCGGCUUUAACAAUUCAAGCUAAAAGCUAAAGAUUAAAGAGUAUGAAGAGUAGUUGAAGUGUCUUCACCAAAUAGACACAAUAAAUACUUUAAAAACGGUGUUUGUCUUAACGUAAAAAGUAACGUUUGUCUAACGUAAACGUAACUGAACUUUAGCGUGUAUGAUUGUGAAUACUUAAAACUUUUAUAAUGAAUUGAAUCAAAGAAAACUUUAAACAAUGUUUUACCACAUAUCUCUAGAGCACGAAAUUUUGCUCCAUCCUCGUUACUUUGGCCCACAGUUACUAGAUACUGUUAAACAGAAACUUUAUACAGAAGUUGAAGGAACAUGUACUGGCAAAUAUGGUUUUGUUAUAGCAGUGACUACCAUAGAUAGCAUAGGGGCUGGACUCAUUCAGCCAGGACAAGGCUUUGUUGUGUAUCCAGUUAAAUAUAAAGCAAUUGUAUUUCGACCAUUUAAAGGAGAAGUGCUUGAUGCAAUUGUUACACAAGUGAACAAGGUUGGAAUGUUUGCUCAAAUAGGUCCACUAAGUUGCUUCAUUUCACACCAUUCAAUUCCAGCGGAUAUGGAGUUUUGUCCAAAUGUAAAUCCCCCGUGUUAUAAGAGUAAACAGGAAGACAACGUCAUACAGGAAGAGGAUGUAAUUAGGUUAAAGAUUGUGGGUACAAGGGUGGAUGCCACUGGCAUUUUUGCCAUCGGAACACUCAUGGAUGACUACUUAGGUUUAGUUACACAAUAAUAACAUAAGUAUUAUGUUUUCUAAUUUUAUUAAAAUAAAUGGAUUAAAU